GCUUUUUCACGGUUGUGGCAACCAUAGUUCGAGGGUACGUCAUGCUACGUCAUUUCGAAGCGCCAGCGAACACACACGAAGACCAUUGCGAAACAAGAAGCUUGUUUAUGAGCGCUCCAAAUGUAAAAUGUGCGAAACAUCUUUCUCGUUGGGUCUCCAGGAGCGCAUGCGGCGUUUGCAGGAGCUCACAGAUUUCACAGAGAGCUGUCAAUCAGACCUAAAGGGUUUGUUUGAGGCGCUGGGAUGGAGUCAGGAAUUGGAUUCGCAUGCAACUCAGAUGGAAGUGUGUCCAUAUGAUCCAAACCACACAGUCCCGCGGGACAGGAUGGAGAAACACAAAGCCUCCUGUCAGCUCAGUAAGAUGGGAUACUCCAAAGAGGAACAGGCUGAAAUGUUUGAUCCUUCAGUGUAUUAUGAGAAUGCUAACAUUCCUUCAGUUAACAUGGACAAAGAUACAUUUCAUCAAGUGAUUCUGCAGACCCGGGAAAACGCCCCUCAUAUGAAAUCUACAGGACUUCACACACAAAGUGACACAUCUUCAGAUCUCCCUGACGUACCUCAGAAUCAUAAGCGGGCAUUAUGUGACCUCACUGUGGCAGACCGAUUGGCCAUCUAUGAUCAUGUGAUACAACAAGCCAGUCAGCAGAGUGCAAAGAGAGAAUCCAACGAGGAUCUUUAUGUAGAUCUUGUUGCAAAGCUUAAAAAAGAAGAGCAGAGUGGGCCAAAGUCUCAUCUGGAGGUCUUGGCUGAGAUGAGGGACUACAGGAGGCGCAGACAGUCUUACAGAGCGAAAAAUGUUCACAUCACCAAGAAGUCUUACACUGAGGUAAUUCGGGAGGUGAUUGACAUCCACUCUGGAGAACUAGGCAGGAUUUGGCAGGAAGUGAAGGAUGAGGAGUUCAAAGCAUCACAGCAGUCAUCUCACAGAGGGGCAUCUGAGAGAGGUCGCUCUGCAUCCGUCGAGUCACGUGAGUCUCAUGUCAGCUCCCGAGAUGAGAAUGGGCACAAACGGCACCACAAACACAGCCAUAGUCGCAAGCGUAGUCGGGAGAGGAAAAACAAAAGUAGCAGAGAUUCACACUCUCCAGACGUGGAGAGACAUCAUAAGAAAAAGAAGAAGAAAAACAAGUCUUGAAGUUGAAAUCUUGAAGCCUAAUUUAACAAAUCAGGAAUUAGUUUAGUUUAUUAGUUUAGAUUUCAGAUAUUCUGAGCUUCAGUGCUUUCUCCUGUUUUGUUUUUUGGAUGGUAUGCUACAUUAAGUUUGCUUAAGAUUGCUAUAAUAAAAUAUUACAAAUA